GCACACGUCGCAGUCGGGAAGCAGUUUCCGAAACCCGAGGAGGUGCGGAGGUGGCUUAUCCCUUCCCGAGCCCCACCCCUGAAAGUUGCUGGGAGCGGCACCCAGAGAACUUUCCCAGAUCGAUCCCCGCCCGCGUUCGGGGAGGUCUGCCCGGCUCUGCGCUCAGCCUGCGGCCCGGAGCCACCUCGCGCUGCCUGCCAAGCCCCUCCUUCGCUGCAUCUUCUAGGGCCGCAGAGGGGAGGGUCGGCUAGAAUCGCCUCCCGAAGAAGUCGCACCGGUUUUUCGUGCUCGGCUGGACGCCGGCAAGAGACACGACCGCGGGAGCCCGCGGGAGCUUCGGGCCCGGGGAGGGACAGCAACAUCUUCUGUGGGAACGAGAAUCAGCUUCCUUGUGUGAAUACCCAGCAGAUUGUUGUAUGAGAGUACUAAGAACCAGAAAGCCACCACCGUCCACGUUUCAUAUCAGCACAUACCAUCAAUUCUAAGAGUCCAUGUGGAUCUUGGAAGUAGAAGGAUUUAAAAGAGUUAAGUUUCCCCAGAGAACAAGAACCUUACCAUCUCCUUUAGCUCUGAAGGCUGGCAGACAAUGGAUAUCAUAGAGACAGCAAAACUUGAAGGUCAUUUGGAAAAUCAAACCAAUAACUCCACCAACACUUACACAAGCCCUGGUGAAGCUGUAGACGACGGAAACAAAAAUGGCAAUGGUAAACCCAAGAGCUUAUCCAAUGGGCUACGAAAGGGUGCCAAAAAGUACCCGGACUACAUCCAGAUUUCUAUGCCCACUGACUCCAGGAACAAGUUUCCCCUGGAGUGGUGGAAAACGGGCAUUGCCUUCGUGUAUGCCCUCUUCAACCUUGUCCUCACAACAGUCAUGAUCACAGUCGUGCACGAGAGGGUCCCUCCCAAGGAGCUCAGCCCUCCACUCCCAGACAAGUUCUUUGAUUAUGUCGACCGGGUCAAAUGGGCAUUUUCUGUAUCAGAAAUAAAUGGGAUCGUAUUAGUUGGGUUAUGGAUCACCCAGUGGCUUUUUCUGAGAUACAAGUCCAUAGUGGGCCGCAGAUUCUUCUUCAUCAUCGGAACAUUGUACCUGUAUCGCUGCAUAACUAUGUACGUCACUACGUUACCUGUGCCCGGAAUGCACUUCCAGUGUGCUCCGAAGCUCAAUGGAGACUCUCAAGCAAAAAUACAACGGAUUCUCCGGUUGAUUUCUGGCGGUGGGUUGUCCAUAACGGGAUCACACAUCCUGUGUGGAGACUUCCUCUUCAGUGGUCAUACGGUUGUGCUGACACUUACUUACUUGUUCAUCAAAGAAUAUUCACCUCGUCACUUCUGGUGGUAUCAUCUGGUCUGCUGGCUGCUGAGUGCUGCUGGGAUCAUCUGCAUUCUUGUGGCACAUGAACACUAUACCGUCGAUGUGAUCAUUGCCUACUACAUCACAACACGGCUGUUUUGGUGGUACCAUUCCAUGGCCAAUGAAAAGAACUUGAAGGUCUCUUCCCAGACAAAUUUCUUGUCUCGGGCUUGGUGGUUCCCCAUCUUCUAUUUUUUUGAGAAGAACGUACAAGGCUCCAUUCCCUGCUGCUUCUCCUGGCCGCUGUCCUGGCCCCCUGGCUGCUUCAAGUCAUCAUGCAAAAAGUACUCACGGGUCCAGAAGAUCGGGGAGGAUAAUGAAAAGUCUACGUGAGCAGCUGACCCGGCAGUAGCUUUUCUACCAGAAGAGUCCAUGCUAUAACCAAAGACGCAGCUUCAUGUUUAUUUUCAGAGUACUGACUGGUGAAUGACGUGGACCAAAUUUUGUGCAAAAGAUCGGAACAACGAAUGAAGUAUUACCUUUUGGCUUUUUUUUUUUUUUUAAUUCAUCCCAAGAAACGUAUAUUUUCCUGCAGCUCUUCACUCGUGGGUGACAGAGUCCCCCAAACUGGGAUUUUAAAGAGGUGGCUAAGAACACACUGUGCCUCUCCUCAUUCUUCCUCCACUUCCACAUUCUUUCCAGAUUUUGUUUUUCCCUUCAAGGUCAGAAGAGUUUGCUAAUGUUUUGAAUAAAAUGUCUGGAUGUGUAGAGCCACGGUGUGAAUACGGGCAGUGAUGGUGGGAACGGGUUUCCACCACGCAGGUCACUGAGGGCAUGCCACAGGUGGGUCCGGGUCAAGUGCACUUUGUAUCUGCCCCGUCUGGGGGAAGUUGGGGUGCUGUCUGGGCUUUGCUUUGCUGCUACCCCACCCCCAUGCACUAUGUAUGACUUUUCCUUUUUUUUUUUUUUAACUUUUACCCGAUAAUUUUAUUUUUAAAGAAGGGGUGUUCCAAGGGGCGUGAGAGUGACACACUCAUGGGUUUUUCUGGCGUGUGGAUUUUUCACUUUCAAGUCUCUGUGACAGAUCCACAGGAAGCAUGGGGCAUUUCUGCUCUCCACGUUAGAGGCUGCCUGCCUGGAGCCCAGGGCUGUUAACUGCACUAGCACAGGCUGCAGACACAUAUGUGAAGUGAUGUUCACACUCGUGGGGGACACGAGCAUGCUCCCCUUCUAGCUUGGACCCUGUUGUGAUGUGCUUCUAAUUGGAACCUAGAGAAAGGUUUGGGCACAUUCCAUUUAAACAAUUCCUUCUUAGUUAAUACUGUGCUUUGCAGGAAAUGCAAGAUGGAUCCCAAAGGUUUACUGUGUCCCUGCCUUUAAGCAGGGCACUCUGCUCUCUAAGUGCUCCCGAGGGCACACACCACCACUGAGCAGUUUGACUUCCACCCUGUGAACAUGACACAUGGUGCUGCACUUAAACAUGCCGUUGGCAUCCACCCUCAACUACAUAGGAGCAGGGAGCUAAGCAUGGGGGCCGCACGCCUUUAAUGCCAGCACUCAGGAGGCAGAGGCAGGCUGAUCUCUCUGAGUUCGAGUCCAGCCUGGUCUACAAAGUAAGUUCCAAGACAGCCAAUGCUGUUACACAGAGAAAUCCUGUCUCCAAAUAACCCACCACCACCACUCCCCAAAAAAGAACAGGGGACAGCUAUGUCUAAUAUUGAACAGAUUUUAAAAAUCUGGUAGGUUUAAGAAUAUCUGGUUUAAUAUGUCACUCAGUGCUAGUGCUUCUUUGCAUAAUCCUGCCUUGAUUUCUUAACUACUGGAAGAUUAGCCUGUGAAACUUACAGUUAACGGUGGAAACCGUUCUCCGGUUACACACUUGUCAGCAUGGGAGCCAAGGGAGGUGAAGCAGGGUGGAAGGAGGCGGUCACAUUCACAGUGAUGAAAUGGGUGGAGAACAUCCUCGGGUUUAUCCUUAUAAGCUAGUUGGCCUUGAGUAGUCAGAAUUAAACUUUAAAUUGCUUGGGAAAAAAAGCACAAUGCAGAUUUGUUCAGAAGGGCCAUUGCCCUCUGGUGCUAAAAUUCUGUGUAUGUGUCCAGAAUGUCUGUCUUUCUGUGCUACUGGGGAGGUAAAGAAAAGGGCUCUGGAUUCAAAGGCAAGAGAGUAAGAUUCUCAAAUCUGGCUAUCUUCACUAGAGUGGGAACCCUAAAGAUCUUCAGCAGACUUUGAAAUGCAAGGGUUUUUUCAAGUAUUUUUAUUGAAAAAACCAAUAACAAAUGCAUACCCAGUUUAUCUUGUAUUAGACACAAUUCUCUACAGUUUUCACAUGUCCAUUUCCUCAACUCUGACCCUUAAGUUAGAACAAAAUGUUUUACUUCGAAACACUAAUUUAACUUCUGCAUCUGAUUGUGAGGGAUUCAUUUGGCACUGAAGCCUUUGGUCUGUGAGUCCCUCAUUGAAAAAAAACACCCGAGAGCCUUCUCCAGCUGUGGCUAAGAUUUCCCGUGUUUCUUCAAUUGAGGAAACGCUUAAGCAUUAUUACAUUGCAUGCUGAUUGUUGGGGACCCUUGAAACCGUAAACCUUGCCAUUUAGUCAAAUAAUCCAGGCUGGAAAAAACAAUACCAUCACUUUCUAAAGGACUUUGAAAAUACCCGUGAGUCUUGUGUGGACACUACUUUUCCCAUGCUCUCUGUAUAUUCACUAUGGCUCUCUCAUAGAUGCUGAUGAGGAAGCAUGUGGCUUGAAAAUAAGAGAGGGAUGCCAGGCGGUGGUGGUGCACGCCUUUAAUCCCAGAACUCAGGAGGCAGAGCCAGGUGGCUGGUGUCUGAGUUCGAGGCCAGCCUGGUAUACAGAGCAAGAUCCAGGACAGGCACCAAAACUACACAGAGAAACCCUGUCUCGAGAAAAACAAAAAAGAAA